AAACAAUUAAGAUUUGUGCAUGACUUGUCAAUGAAGAAUCAGUUUCAGUGAGUAAAGAAGUAUUCAAUGAUGAUAUCAACAAGUUAAAUUUUAGCUCAGCAAUAGAAAGAAGGGCGUUAAACUGUAGGGGUUAGGGGAAUAUACACGAAUUCCCAAAUCGGUGAGAUGCAAAAUUAGAGAAAAAUAUGCGCCAAAGAAAACAAUCAUACAAGACAAUAUUUACGUGGUUUGGAAAUUUGACUACGUCCAAGGAGUUGCAGUGAUUUUACUAUUUUCCCCCAAAAAAUAAAAAAAAGUGCAGUAGAAUAGUUUUUCUCUCUUAACAACAAAGCAAAACCCUAAUCUAAAACAACAAUAUUUAUAUCUCACAAAGAGAAUUCACAAUGGAUAGCAUGGAUUCAUGAAUGUCUACUAAAAAGGAAGUGCUUUUUGAGAGUAAAAAUCCCUCAAGAUAGUGCCUGGGAAUGGAGAGCAAUGCUCUAACUUAGAGAAUGCUAGGAAAUUCUUAAGUUAUGAGCUAGGGAGUGGAAAGAAGAUUGUCCUGUGUAGGGAUGGCAAUUUUUGCCCGACCCGCGAGUACCCGACCUGGCUCGACCCUAAUGGGUUGGGUUUUAGCUGAUCCGAUUAGGAAUAGGGUCGAGUAUGGGUUUAAAAAAAAAAAAAAACCCGAAGCAAGUCCGGGUUUUAUCAAAAAAACCCGAGACCCGACCCGUUUAAAAACCUAGUACCCUAAAUUACAAAAAUACCCUAUAUAUAUAUAUAUAUAUAUACCUAUAAUCUAACCCUAAUCCGGUAAUCCCUCAUUUCUUCAGCCUCCCUCGCCUCCAUCAGCUCAGUUCGACACUCCCUCACUCCGACACUCCCUCUCCCUCAGCUCAGUCCCUCAUUUCAGCUCACUCCGACACUCCCUCACUCCAACACUCCCUCAUUUCAGCUCAAUCACACCUCCCAAGCCUUCUCACUCUCACGGCCUCACUCUUCCUCAGGACCGAUUGAAGUUCUGGCAAGCAAAACCAAAGGUACCAAAUUGCCAUUUGUAAUCACGAACUUUGAGAUGUGUGUGAAAAUGGGGUAGUUUUUAUGUUUGAAUUGGUUUCAGUUUUUCUGUUUCGGUUUUCCUCUACCAAAAUUGGGUAGUUUUUAUUAUGUGAUAUGAUGAGAUGUGUGUGAAAAUUUGGAUGAUGGAUGAUGGGGUAUGAUGCUCUGUUUUGUGUGUGUGUUCUAAGUGUAUUUGUUGAUAUUUAUGUUUGAAUUGGGUAAUUGCCAUUUGUUUGUGUUGUGCCACCUUUUACUAAAAUUGUUCAAUGAGAUUCUCUUUGGGUAAUAUCUUUCGAUCCAGAUCAGAGAAGUUUCUAUACAACUUGGGUUUGAUAAAGUCAUAUUCUUGAGCAGUUAAUUUGGAGAAAAAAAAAAGUUGUGUCCAAUGCAUGUAAAUAUUAAGUAAAAAGUCUGUUUAGUUGUAGAUUGUGCUUUAGGACCAAAUCGCAAAGGUUUAGGUGCUUCCCAUGUAGAUCUUGAUCAGCUCCCAAAAUUGCAAUCUGUCAACUUGUAAAGUUUCAUGUGCAUACAACUAGCCGCAUCUUUUGGUUAUUGUUUCGCAUAUACACAUUUACCUGGUUGCAUUUUUUGGUAUUAAAAAGUCUUUUGCAAAUACAAGUGCACUACUCCAUUACUUCAGAAUAUUCUCUCUUAUUUAUUGGUUUGGCAAAAUCUUAAUGCCAUGGUAUUGUUCAAGAUAUAAGAUGAAGUUAUUAGAGUUUUAUUAUCCUAACAUUUAUGGUGAUGAUUCUAAUUUGGAGAUUGACAAAAUUAAGAAUCUUUGUUAUGAUUUUCUUGAUGAGUAUGGAGAUAUAGAUGAGUCCCCUGUAAAUAAUGAAGGAAGUUCUCAUAUUCCUGCAAGUACUUCAAGCCCUAUGGCACAAAUGAAGUUUAGGUUGAGUGGGGCAAUGUCAUCUUUUGAUUUAUUUGUGAACAAUAGUUCAAGUAGUUCAAAGAAACAUGAGAGUGCUAGAAUGGAACUUGAUCAUUUCAUUGAUGAGGGAGUGUUGAAAAGGAGUGAAGAUUUUGAUAUUUUGGGAUGGUGGAAAAGUAAUGGUCUCAAGUAUCCUACUUUACAAAGGAUUGCAAGAGAUAUUUUAGCCAUUCUUGUCACAACUGUUGCUUCAGAAUCUGCCUUUAACACUAGUAGAAGACUUUUAAGUCCACACCGUAGUAAGCUACAUCCCAAGACUAUAGAGGCAAUGAUGUGUGCUCAGAAUUGGUUAUGGAGUGAAAUCGACGGUUCUUCAACUAUGUCUGGAGAUUGUACACUUCAAUCAAUUCUUGAUGAUGGGGAGCCUAAUGAAGAGGAUGGGAGUUGUGUCACAAUUGUGGAUGAUUAGACAUUUUGUAUUAAUUUAGUAGCCUUUUUAAUUUCUUAGACUUUUUUGUUGGUUUGUAAUUAUUCUAAGCCUUUUUAGCCUUUUGUAAUUUAUUAGCCUUUUUAAUUUGUUGGUUUGUGGAGGAUAAGACAUUUUGUAAUUUCUUAGCCUUUUUAAUUUCUUAGACUUGUGGGAUUUGUUUUGUAAGUUUUUAAUUUCUUGAACUUGUUGGACUUGUGAUACUUAGUUCUUGGACUUGUUGGAUUUAUUUUAUUUUUAUGUUUAGCUGGUGAUUUUAGUCAUGAUUUAUUGAUUUACAGAUGUAUAAUUAACAGGUAAUUUAUUGAUUUAUGAUUAACCUAUGAUUUGGAUUGAUUUGGCUGCCAUAUAACGUGGCCCAAAUGCCAAAAAAUCUUAAUACAAAAAAAUCUUAAUAGGCUUGAAUGGGCUGCCAUAUAUGGCUUGAAUGGGCUCGAAUCUGGCAAAAAAUCUUGAUGGGCUUAAAAAAAAAUUGGUUGGGCCAAAUUUGGGCCCAAGCGGCUAAACAGGGCCCGCGGGGCCCGGCAGGGUGGGUCUGGGCCCUAAUAAAAAAAAUAAAAAAAACGAUUAAUAAUCGGGCCGGGGCCGGGUCAUGGGUCAGGUCCGGGUAUGCAAAAACCCGGCCCGAACCCGGCCCGUUGCCAUUCCUAGUCCUGUGGCAUGAUCAUUGGCAUCCAGAUGGGAUCUUAAACCAGAGAUAUGGCCCUAGGGUCAUAUAUAUAUAUGCAACAAGUCUUUUUGGGGCAAGAGUAGACUUUGUUCUAAGGAAUAAGCACUGGGUUCAGAAGGCAGCCAGAUCAGAGUAGUUAGUUGGCAUCCAAAACAAGCUUAGUCUGAAUAAAUUAAUGGAGGAAGACAGGGCUCUACGCUCCCCUUCUAAAAAUACUACUGUGCUGCUACAUGAGAAGAGCUUAGAGUUAAAGGGUUGGAAGUGACUUGGUGGAAACUGUUCUGGUUUAAUAUACCAAUUCCUGGGCAUGCUUUCAUUGGAUGGUUGGCUAAAAAUUAUAAAAUAAAUAAAAAGAAGAAGCUUCCAACUAAAUAAAGAAUGUUGCAGUGGAGAUUUACGGGUGACAGUAAUUAUGUAAUCUGCACAGGAAGCAUAGAACACAGGGAUCACCUGUUUUUUCAAAGCUCCUUCACCGAAAGAAUCUGGAAGAUCAUCAUGGGUUUGUGUCUAAUUUUGGUUGCUAAAUCCUGUUGGCAAGCUCUGGAAGACUGGUGCUCUAUUCAGCUGAAGGGGAAAGUCUUAAAGACCACUAUUUGCAAGCUGGCUUGGUAGGCUACAGUGUAUCCCACCAAGACAGGGAGGAUCUACUAUGAAGAAUAGGUUAUCAGGAAUAUUAAGGAGGACGUUAAAACUCCAGUGGAGAGUAGAUGCAGUAGCUGAGAGUCAAUUUUUAAUCGUGUGCUUGUGUUGUAAAUGGGGAUUAACCCCUCUAUCAUGUGUAAACUGCAAAGAGUCUAGGUAGGAUUGACUUGUGCUGUAAAUGUGCUAAGGAGUGCGGCUAGCCGCUAGUGCCUGGGUUGGUCAUUCUGAUGUUAGGCACUGCAGAGAACUGAGAGAAGUGCAUGCAUUAGCUCUGCUCUUUACUGUUUUUAGGGUCCUAUGGACUCUUUGUUGUUCUGGUGUAUUGUGAUUGUUCUUUUAAUAAAAUCUUUACUGAUUCACAAAAAAUAAAAAUAAAUAAAUAAAAACAAACAAAUGUUUAUGCACACAUGUACUUUAUAUAGAUUGUUAACAUUGGGAGAAAAGGGGGGAGUAGUAUAUGGAUCUGACAUAGGACAGAGGGCAGUGAGACCAACUAUGAAGCAGGAAUUUCUGGAGAGCAACUUGUUGUAGAGUUUUGGAAGAUCUAGCUUUAGCUUUGGGGUGGAAAAGUCUGGAUUAAGCUUAUGGAGUAACAUGACGGGAAUGUCAUGGAACUCAAAACAAGUGAUAAAAGGAAGAUGAUCAGAUCUGAUUUUCGGCUGUGAGCAGUAAACCAGAACUAUAGCAAAUCCGGUUUUGUGGUGAAGAGACUAAUAAAAGGUGGGUUGUGCAAGGGCUAUUAACCUAUCAUUUUAGGGUUCCAAGAGUGAGAAAUCAAGGUCUGGUUGCAAUGUGUUUGGUUGUCAUCAUACAUCGGAUAGGAUUGCAUUACAAAAACCUCGAGCAAUCUUUGCUGGAAAUUUUCAUAGAAUACAAAUGAGUACCUAACCCUCAUAGGACUUGGACUCAAUGGGCUUUCACUAUUGAGCCCAAAUUAAAGAAAUAUUCAAAACCCAAUAACAUAUGAGACCAAUAAUAUAACCAAAUGAGUAAUACAGUAAACUCACAGAUAGUUAGGCCCGCUUUUACUUUGCCUACCCAUGGUUUGAAAGUUUGCACUUUGCCUAUCUGAGGUCACCUCCGUUAAGCUACCUAACCCAUCUAUGCCAAAAAUAUGGUAAAUAUGUAUUUUUACUCCCCUUUAAUGUCUCUCCUCCCAAACAAAAUAAAAAAUAAAAAAUAAAAAACCCAUAAAAAAUAAAAAUAAAAACAAGAGAACACCAGAUCAAAAGGUACUAUUGGUAAAACUUGGCUCAAAGAACUUCAAUUGAUUAUGUGAACACAAGAUAUAUAUAUAUAUAUAUAUUUGAUAGGUAUAAAAGCUCAAAGUUAUAAUGUAGGAACAUCUAAAUGCAAAAGCCCUACAGAAAACAUAAGACAAGUGCCAGAAUCUCAGCUCUCAGAUCACUGUUGACGUACAAUUACAAGAACACAAGAUUUCAAACCAAAGCAUAUAUUUCAAACUCCAAAUUUCAAAUCCAGACUAUAUUUCAAGAACUUUUCAAACCCAGGCACUUAUAUUUUAAGGACUAUUUUCGGUUGCAUGAAAAUAUUUCAAAUCAAAAUUUUUUCAAACCCAAAACACAAGAACACAACAUUAGUAAAUAUAUUUCAAUUUUUCAAUUAUACACACCAGCAAAAGCGCAAACACAUCCAAAACCCAUUUUGAAACCGACCCUAAAUCCCCUAACUCACGGCCAAACAACCACAUACAUAACCAAAAGCCGUCUUCUUUUUUCAAACUCAAACCGAAAUCAACAAGUCUUAGAACCUAAUCACAAAAUCAAACAAAAAAUAGAAACAAACCAAGAGAGGAACAGCAAAUGCACACACACAUCCAAAACCCAUUUUGAAACCAACCCUAAAUCCCGACUCAUGGCCAAACAACCACAUACAUACCCAAAACCCUCUCGUUUUUCCAGACCCAAACCGUAAUCAGCAAGUUUUAGAACCUGAUCACAGAAUCAAACAAAAAUUAAAAACAAACCAAGAGAGGAACAACAGCCUCAAAGAACACAACAAACAAUUCAAACACACGAAAUUCGAACUUGGAAAAAUCAAACUGAUUUCCCCUGCAAAUUUGAAUCCAGAAAAAUCAAAACCAUAAAAUUCAAACAGAAAUAACAAAAACACGAGCAACCCAACAAAAAUCCCAGAAAACCCAACAAAUUUGAAUUGAAAACCAUGAGCACCCAACAAAAAUCCUAGAAAACCCAUCCUCUCUCUCUGCAAACCCAUCUUCUCUUUCAUCUUCAUGACUCAUCAGAACACAAAACAACAAACACCAACAAAAUCCCAGUAAACCCAUCCUCUGCCUCAUCAUUGUGGCUCAGCAGACAUAAAACCCAAAUCCAAAGACAACCCCAACCUCCCUUUCAAGUCAAAGCAAAAGGUAGAGAAGCCAAGGUGGUUCAGUCGAACGGCAAGCAAGCAACGGCAGCGAACAACAAAUGAGAUGUGAGCCGUGUUGGUGGGAUCAGACAGCCUCUGGCUUUGCUGACAAAACUCAACCCUCUUAUCUCCAAGCUCACCCUCUACAAUAUCGCUAAAGCCCUUGGUGUCAUUGUCGCCGCCAAUGUCAGCCACAUCAACACCAGAUCUGAGUUCUCUCUCUCUCUCUUUCUCUAAUCUAAGUUUGAGGUGGUAAAGGGGAGAAAGAAUCAGUUUCUCUCUCUCUUAAUUCCAAACCAAACUGAUUCUUAUCUCCAUCAUGAGUGUUUUGAGUGUGCAUGUUUUGAGUUUGCUGAAAGUUUCGUUAAUAAAAAAAAGGGGUAACAUACUAAUAUAGCACCUUUUGAUUCUAAGUUCUAGUUUGUAAAUCCUUUAAUUUCUCACCCAAAAUCUCUCAUGAAUCUUGCAUAAAAAAUUUUAGCAAUAGCACUUUUUGAUUUUGUUUUCUAUAGUUUUUUUUUUUUUUUUGUUGGUUUUAGGAGGAGAGACAUAACAUGGGAGCAAAAUACAUAUGUACCCUGUUUUUAACAGAGGUGGGUCACAAAGCCCCUAAUGAAAGUGACCUCAAGUGGGCAAUGUGCUAACUUUCAAGCCACAGAUAAACAAGGUGAAAACGAGCCUUACCACAAGUGGAUUUACUGUAAUUACCCCUAAAUCAAAACUAAAACCCAUGUCUAGAAAUCCAACAUUACAAUAGUGUGUGUUUACAUUAGAUAAGCUUAAAUCCAGCUUGCAUACAACUUUUUAAACAGCUCUUUAAAACAUUACUUUUUCCAAGUACUAUUGUACGUCUAGUCUCAUGCAGUUUCCUAACAGGGUUCUUUUUUGGGACUUGGAAUUCUUGCGAGAAAUUCAUGAUAGGGAAUCAAAUUCUGUUUAUUUUUGGGGAUGUUAUAAAUGGAGUCUCAUUGAGAGGUAUUGGUGAGGAUAAGAUAUUUAGGACACCUGCUAAGAGCAAGGGCUUUGAGGUAAGCAGUUAUUAUCAGGCUUUGAUGGGUGUAUGUACUCAGUCCUUCCCUUGGAGAAGUAUUUGGAAGCAGAAGGUUCCUUCCAGAGUCGUGUUUUUUGUUUGGACUGCAACUUUAGGAACUAUCUUGACUAUUGAUAAUUUAUCUAAGAAGAAGGUAUUGAUUUUAGAUUGGUGUUAUACGUGCAAAAGUAAUGGAGAAUCGGUAGACCAUCUUUUACUACAUUGUCCUAUUGUUUAUGAGUUGUGGUCUAUGGUGUUCACCUUGUUUGGUAUCCACUGGGAGAUGCCAAAGACUGUGGUUGAGAUCCUUGCAUGUUGGCCAAGAAAUUUUGGUCAUCAUCGUAAUGGUGUUAUUUGGAUGGUUGUCACUCAUUGUUUGAUGUGGCGCAUUUGGCGGGAGAGAAACAACUGGUGUUUUGAAGAUUCUGAAAGGACUAUAGCUGAUUUAAAACUCUAUCAGAUUGGAUGUCUAUCAUAGGAAGUCAUUCUAUUUUUUCGGUCUAUGAUUUGAUGGAUGCUUGUAUUUUAUGUAUUUGAUUAUUUUGGUCCCCUGCUAUAUACUUCCUAUAUACUUGGGUGACUCAUUAUUAUGUCUUUGAAUAAAAUUUUCUUUACUUAUCAAAAAAAAAAAAACUAGAAACCAG